AUGAAGCUGGACAUAAAGAAAACUUUCAGUAAUAGAUCCGACAGAGUCAAAGGUAUUGACUUUCAUCCAACUGAACCAUGGGUCUUGACAACCUUGUAUUCUGGCCGCGUUGAAAUUUGGAAUUACGAAACACAGAUUGAGGUCAGAUCCAUCCAAGUCACCGAAACUCCUGUUAGAGCAGGUAAGUUUAUUGCAAGAAAAAACUGGAUAAUUGUUGGGAGUGAUGAUUUCAGGAUCAGAGCCUUCAAUUAUAAUACCGGUGAAAAAGUUGUUGAUUUUGAAGCCCAUCCAGACUAUAUCCGUUCCAUCGCUGUACAUCCAACAAAACCUUACGUCUUAUCCGGUAGUGACGAUUUGACAAUCAAGCUAUGGAACUGGGAGAAUAACUGGGCUUUAGAACAAACCUUUGAGGGUCAUGAACAUUUUGUCAUGUGCGUAGCAUUCAAUCCAAAAGACCCCACCACAUUCGCUUCCGGUUGUUUAGAUAGAACAGUUAAAGUUUGGUCAUUAGGACAAUCAACGCCAAAUUUUACUUUGACCACAGGGCAAGAAAGAGGUGUUAAUUAUGUUGAUUAUUAUCCAUUACCUGACAAGCCUUACAUGAUUACUGCGUCGGAUGACCUAACUAUAAAGAUUUGGGAUUACCAAACAAAGUCAUGCGUAGCCACUUUAGAAGGCCAUAUGUCCAAUGUUUCCUUUGCUGUUUUCCAUCCAACCUUGCCUGUCAUAAUUUCUGGUUCUGAAGAUGGUACUUUGAAAAUCUGGAACUCUUCUACCUACAAAGUGGAAAAGACUUUGAACGUUGGUUUAGAAAGAAGUUGGUGUAUCGCCACUCACCCAACAGGCCGUAAAAACUAUAUCGCAUCCGGGUUUGAUAAUGGGUUUACGGUUCUUUCCUUGGGUAAUGAUGUACCAACUUUGUCGCUUGACCCUGUCGGUAAGCUAGUAUGGUCAGGUGGUAAAAAUGCAGCUGCUUCCGAUAUUUUCACUGCUGUUAUAAGAGGUAAUGAAGAAGUCGGACAAGAUGAACCAUUAUCUCUGCAAACUAAAGAACUGGGGUCUGUUGACGUUUUCCCUCAAUCUUUAGCCCAUUCCCCAAACGGCAGGUUUGUCACAGUUGUUGGGGAUGGUGAAUACGUUAUCUAUACAGCUUUAGCUUGGAGAAAUAAAGCCUUUGGUAAAUGUCAAGAUUUUGUCUGGGGCCCUGACUCCAAUAGUUAUGCCUUAAUUGACGAAACUGGCCAAAUUAAAUACUACAAGAAUUUCAAAGAAGUUACGUCAUGGUCUGUUCCAUUACAUUCUGUCAUUGAUAGAUUAUUUUCAGGUGCCUUAUUAGGUGUCAAAUCUGAUGGCUUUGUUUAUUUCUUUGACUGGGAUAACGGUACACUGGUUAGAAGAAUUGACGUAAAUGCAAAGGAUGUAAUUUGGUCCGAUAACGGUGAGUUGAUUAUGAUCGUCAACACCAAUAGUGGCGGUGAUGAAGCCAGCGGAUAUACAUUGUUAUUCAACAAAGAUGCUUAUCUUGAAGCGGCAAAUAGCGGUAAUAUCGACGAUUCGGAAGGUGUCGACGGAGCAUUUGACGUAUUAUAUGAAUUGAGUGAGUCCAUUACAUCGGGAAAGUGGGUUGGUGAUGUUUUUAUCUUCACUACAGCAACUAAUAGACUAAAUUACUUUGUUGGUGGUAAGACUUACAAUUUAGCUCAUUACGCAAAGGAAAUGUAUCUCUUGGGCUACUUGGCACGCGAUAAUAAAGUAUAUUUAGCUGACAGAGAGGUGCAUGUUUAUGGUUACGAGAUAUCUUUGGAGGUUCUGGAGUUCCAAACAUUAACUUUGAGAGGAGAGAUUGAAGAAGCUAUUGAAAAUGUUCUCCCAAAUGUAGAAGGUAAGGACUCUUUAACAAAGAUUGCUAGAUUUUUGGAAGGUCAAGAAUUUUAUGAAGAAGCAUUGAAUAUCUCUCCAGACCAAGAUCAAAAAUUCGAACUAGCUUUAAAAGUCGGUCAACUUACAUUAGCCCAUGAUUUGUUAACAGAUGAGAGCCCCGAGAUGAGAUGGAGAUCCUUGGGUGAUGCCUCUCUACAAAAAUUCAAUUUCAAGCUUGCUAUCGAAGCUUUCACAAAGGCAAAUGAUCUCGAAUCUUUAUUUCUAUUGCACUCAUCUUUUAAUAACAAAGAAGGGUUAGUAACUUUAGCUAAAGAUGCAGAAACAGUCGGUAAAUUUAAUUUGGCCUUCAAUGCUUAUUGGAUUGCCGGUGACAUAGAAGGUGCUAAAGAUCUUCUAAUCAAAUCUGAGAGGUUCUCUGAAGCUGCCCUCUUAGGUUCUACAUAUGGUCUGGGGGACAAUGAGGUUAACGAUAUCGUUAAGAAAUGGAAAGAAAACUUGAUACUUAAUGGUAAAAAAGCUGUAUCGGAAAGAGUAUCUGAAGCCGAAAAGUUACCAAGUUCCUCCAAUUCAGCAGAUGCUCAACCACUAAUCGACUUGGAUUCUACUCCAGCAUCAAAACAGGCCCAAGGAAACGAUAGCACCGAAACUGAAGAAGGUGAAUUUGAGGAAUCCAAUGCAGAGGAAGCCGAAGAAGACAAACUCCUAGAACAACAACAGCAACAACAGCAACAACAACAGCAACCAGAGCAAGAAGAAGAAGAAGAAGAAAAAGAAGAAGAAGAAGUACCAGAACCGGAAGAAGAAGAGAGUUAA